GACAUUUAUUUGUCUCUCAUUUCUAUCCUGGCACGCCUAUUGCUUCGCAUGGUUAUUAAAAAUUGGAGUGUAAUGAGCAAAUAGAAGCGAAGUCACAGUAGGCAUUGCCAAAUUUCAUUGGGAAAUACAUUUUUUUAACGGGAGAAUGUUAAUAUAGAUUUUCUUAAUAAAUUCAGGAGAUAGGUAUUUGCUUUUGUGACGUGAGGCAAAUUCCAUGAAUUUUCAUCAAAAUCCUUACAGGCGCUCUCCCGUAACGUGAUAAAUCAUCCGAUGAAAGUAUUGGCAAUGACAGAGGUGGCUUGCUUCCUCUUGUUCCAGCAGCGCCAUUUCAUCAAAAUCUUUGAUUCUAGGUUAAAUAGGUACCCCACUGUACCGGACCGACACCUAUACGUAUAGUUAUUACACUGCCCACAAUCUAUGGCAACACUCCACUCCACAUACCCUUCUCAUUCGAUUUUUUCUUCACUACGCUGUACUGUAUGAUAAUACGAUCUUAAAAACUUUAAUUGGUACUUCCGAAGUGCCAAUAUACCUAGUGGUUGAAUGGUGAUAAAUGAUUUUGUAACCGCGGUGAAUUUUGUCUUUCCCUUGAAACCAUAUUCAUGUGAUCACGUACCCAUGUGCCCUACUGGGAUCAUUGUAAUCUAAAGAGUGACCACUCUAAGCAUGUAAACUUUUAGGAAGCUACGGGAGAUUCCUACAAUAUUUCGCGAUCGGGAAAGUGACACCGAUAAGCAGCUGCUGUUUUCGGGGGAGUGCAUCCAUUGAGUAGCCGCCAAUAACUGCUCUUUAGGUUCACAAAUUUGAGGUAUUGGACCGAUUUGUUGUGCUAACUUCUCGCCAAAUAUUCCAAAAAUUCAACAGCUACCUACAGCAGCAAGUUUAUCGCCCCCCAUGGAAUCACUGAACAAUAUUUUUUGGCAAUUACCUAAAUUGCAGAACAAAGGAAGCAAUGAAUAGGAAACCAUCUGCAUCUCUACAUCAACUUAUACCUGUACUUAGGUACAUUCACAGCAGUUGCUGGUUACUUUUCAAGAUCAGCUGUAUUAACGAUCUACUUUCGCAAUUUUACCCUUUUUUUCGAAAAUGUAUACUUGCAAUCUUCCCAAUGGUUGACAAGCAAAGAUAUUCCCAUUUUCAUAUUUUCAACAUAUAUCUCCGUGAACGAAUGUUGUUAUGGACGUAGAACGACCCGCUGCGCUACUCUCUUUGCAAAGGACAUUGUGCCUUGGCCUCUAGGGCAUUGGCGUACGGCUUAAAAUUUAUGACUGCAUGAUCUGCAGGAAGCAAAAACCUGCAAAGUUUCUUUAUGUAAAAGACAUUUAAAAUGCCCAACAUAUCUCAGUAGAACGGGCAUUGGAGGUCCCUCCCCCUCGUAAUUGCACCUAACGGACUUCCCGCGUACACCCAAAAUUCCCCAGUCAUGUCGCCACGCCCGCCACUCGUAACCCAUCUCGGGCACUGAUUUGUAGGUGGCGCCCUCCCACCCCUUCGCAGCACUGAUUUGCAUCCCCCAGUAGAGAGCUCCUCUUUCGCGGUCGGUCAGUCGGUCAGUCAGCCCUUAGCAACGGAUCGUGCGCUACCUCGUGCCGGAAGUGUUUGUGGACGGUGGUUUCGUUUGCUUCAUAGAGUGAUUUUGUGACAGUGACUGCUUCUUGUGUGCGCUUACACUUUUGUUCGAUUUUCUUUUUUAUUACGUCGACAUGGAUCCGCCGAUCACCGAGAUUAAAACUAUCGUGUCCUCCGGAAAUAACGCGAAGUAUUAUAUGCUUCAGCCGGACCGUGCGUUUGUCAUCAAGCAAAAGGCCGGUCUUGUUUGGUAUUUAAAGUGCAAAUCAAAAAAGUGCGAAGCCACGGCAAAAAUUGUGUGGCCCAAUGAUGGUGAGGAAAGCCGCGGGUCAGUGGUGCUGAAUCGUCCACAUAGUGCCAGUUCCGACGUCUGUCCAUCCCAGGAGCUCUUGGAGGAUGUAGAAAAGGUGAAGACGCAGCUCUAUGUAAGGGUCCGAAGUGAAAGUACGAACCCAGCGAACAUCUUUACCGAAGUCGUUCAGAGCGCUCCUGAGGCUAUACGGGACCAGUUCCAGUUCAAACAAAAAAGGCAUGCCUUACAUCACCAAAGGAGCAAAACUCAACCAGGAAUUCCUGGAGACCUAAGGGAAAUGGCAGAAGCCAUUGCUGAGUUUCCGGAAAGAUUUGGAAUGAGCGACGAUGAAGUCAUUUUUUAUGGAACUCAUGGGACUGCAGAAAAUUCAGUCUCCGUUUUUGCAAACAAGCAAUUAUUAGAUCAGGCAGCAUCCGUUGAAAGAGCCCAUGUCGAUGGAACUUUCAAAAGCCGGCCAAGUAUUGACUGUGUGAAACAGCUGUUUACGAUAUUGGGCAUUUUUCAUGGAGUUGCUCUCCCACUUUUUUUUGCAUUUAUGUGUGGGAAAUCGGAAGAAGCAUAUAAUGUGUUAUUUGGAUGCAUCAGAAGUCUGUUCCCAUUGUUCAACCCGAAGAUAAUAGUCUCAGACUAUGAGCGUGCAAUACACCUGGCCAUAAAAUCAUUCUACCCUGAAACUUCGCAUGUCGGCUGUUUUUUUCAUUAUGCCCAGGCCCUCCUGAAGAAAGCACGGAGUCUGAAAAUUGAUGUGUUAAAUGAAAAUGAAGAGAGGAAAGUUGUGAAAAUGUGUAUGGCCCUGGCACUCCUUCCAGCAGAGUUGAUUAGAGGCGAAAAAGGUGGCUUGAAUCGAAUUGAACUGUACAUAGAGGAGAAUGGGCUUAGCAAUUCUAAGCCUCUACAGGACUUUAUGGCCUACUUCAAAAAAUUCUGGAUGAACCAGGUAACGCCAGAAUGUUUCUCAGUGUACGGACAGCCCUGCCGAACCAAUAAUUGCCAAGAAGGGUUCCACAACAUGUUAAACAGAAAAGUCGCAGUUGUUCUGCCAAAUGUUUGGGUGUUAAUAGAUCACUUGAUAUCUGUUUUCAAAAUGGCUGUGUCUGAGUACAAAGCUCUAUCCUCAGGACAAUAUGUGCCUAGUGGUUCAGGACCAAAAUGGCUGUUGCAAGAUAAGAGCAUUUUAAAUAAACAAAUGCAGGUUACAGGCAGAUCAACUGUUAAGUGCAGCAUCUAUGAAUUUUUAUCGUCCAUGGCCCACAGAGCAGGAGGACAGGUUCAAAUCCCUUCAACUUCGAGGGAUGAAGUUUUGACAGAGGAACUGGGACAACUGGACGUCGGUGUACCGAUUAUUGAAGAGAAUAACAACGUGGAAGUUGACCAGCCAGCCCCCUCAAACGAUUCUGAUCAGCCUACUCGCGGCAGCUCUCGACGAGGGCGUGGACGCGGACGCGGACGUGGACGUGGACGAGGAAGGGGACGUGGAAGCAGGCAAGCCCCUGCCAAUGAUAUUAAUGAAUCAACUGAAGAUGUUGAUGAGCCAGAAGAGGUGGCUGAUGAAACGUCCAAUGGAACUGAACCUGAAAUUGUUCCUGGAAAUGCAGCUGCAGGUGCAGAAGGCACAGCUGCAGAGAAUGCAGUUUUUGGUUUUAGAACUACAAUCAAUGUUGUCAGACGUGGACGCGGUCGAGGUCAACGUAGAGGUCGAGGCCCAGGUAGAGGUCGAGGCCGAGGUAGAACCGAAACUACUCCUGAAGAUGUUGCUGGAUCAUCGAACAGUCAAGGUUCAUGUCAAGGCCCAAAUCAAGGUCUAAGUGAAGGGCACGCUCAUAUUGAGAACAAUGAUGUUGGCUUUGUUGCAACACCUGACACUUCAGACGAAACAGUGAAUGAUGUAGUGACACAAUCUAUGGAUGAUCAACCUUCUGAGCCUGUCAUCGAUCUCACCUCAUCAGAAAAUGCAAAUGAGGGAGUGAAUUCAGCAGAUAUAUCCCCCCUAGAGAGGGGCAAUUCAUGCUCACCUUGUAUUCCUCAUCUUUCGGAGAAUGAAACAGAAGAAUCAGCUUUGGCAAAUUUAAUAUCAACCGGUGGAGAAGGAACUUCAAGUGGACGGCUGGCAUCAUUCAGUCCACAGGAGCCCUCAACAAGGAGGCGUAGGAUAGACCUAAAUUCAGACUCUGAGCCUGAAGAAACAACCUUGCUGAGAACAAGGACAAGGAUAAUACGAAGACCGAAUAGAGGGGUUUCCACUGCUAGUUCCCGGACUACGCAGAUGGUCACGGCUGCAGUUGAAAGCAACGAAAAUGCAUCUCGCAGAGGGCGUCAAGCCAGAGGUCGGAGGGCACGAACUCCUAGCUUCGACUUAGUAAACAACAUUAAUGAGUACGAUUUGGAAGAAGACAGUUCUCGUAUCGGUGCAGUUCAUAAUCAAAUGACCGAGUGGAUGAACAGAGGGCGAUACAAUCUGAAUGACCCAACUGACAGCUCAAGCGAGUCAGAUGAGGAAGAAGCAUGGCAGAGAAUGGUAGUCGUGGCCGAUGAAAAAAUGCACUUCACCAAGCGGCAGUCGAAGAAGCAACAUAGCCUUCUAAAAAUGGCAGUGUCCGUAGGGAAUAAAACCAAAGUCUACCAGAACAGAAAAGAAAUCUGUGUAUCCUGCCAGCAAGAAGAAUUUGUUUAUUCCGCUGACCCCUGCGGGCACGCCAUUUUUUGUUCUAAUUGUAUACUGGCUGGUAUAAAACCAUCAAAGUACACUUAUACCGUUGCAGAUGGCACAAUCGCCACCCAUCAUUCCUACUUUGUGCCCGUCAAGUGUCCUCUUUGCAGGGCCAUUAUUGGCUCACUAUACAAAGAGGCCAACUGAGCUGCAAUUUUCACUCUCAUUAAUUUCACUCUCAUUAAUUUUCACUCUCAUUAAUUUUCACUCUCAUUAAUUUUCACUCUCAUUAAUUUUCACUCUCAUUUACACUCUCAUUAAUAUCCUUACAGACUAUUAAAUCUUGAUGGAAGUUCAAAGGUCCUUGGUGUAUGUUGUCCAUAUGUGUACUUUGAUGGUUUUAUACUGUCCAGUAUUCAAAAAACCCUAAGUACAUAGAAAUCCCGAUUUGUAAAUCCUGCUUAAAUUACGGUCACACGAAAAGAUACUGUAAGAUAGGCAUAACUUGUAUAAUUUGUAAUGAAUCUCAUCAUAGCUCUGUAUGCCCUUUAUCUUUGUUACGUAGUUACACCUAGUUGCCUUCACUGCAAAGAACCCCAUUUUACAACAUGGAAGGGUUGUAAAGUCUAUAAAAAAUUAAGAAAAGCCAAAUUAGAGAACUAUCAAAAACAAAACUUAGCUAAGAAAAAUGAACAUCCCACUGACAAAAUUGAAAAUCCUGAAAAUCUUAAAAAGAGCAAUGAUGAGAAUAAAGAACUAAAAAAUCAAUUAAAAGAGCUGGAACUAAAAUUCGAUAAAGAAAUUUCUUUAUUAAAUUCGAUCAUCAUGUCAUUAAAAAAUGAGAUCUCUAGUCUCAACAGUAAAUUCGCUAAUGCUGGUAAUAUUCUCCC